GACAGCUGGCAUAGAGCCGGAGAGGCGUUUCCCAGCAUGCACCGGUUGCCGGACUCCUUCUCCGGACUCGGUUUCCCAGCGUGCCUCGGGAGGGGGAACGGAAGUGGGUCCAGCCCGUCGUGUGAACGCCUCUCCCUGCUUGGCUUGGGCUUGGCUUGGCCGCCUUCGGGAAAGGAGAGGAUGGAGGGGCUGGCUCGGCGGCGCCGGCGGGCUCUGUACAAGGGCGUCAAGGCGCAGCCCUGGAAGGAGACCUUCAGGCAGCGCUGCAUGGAGAGGCUGAAGAACAGCCGGGCCCGGCUCUUGGACACAUACCGCCAGGUGGGCGGGGACUCCGCUCAUGGAGCAAGCAAAGCCCUCCUGGUGCAGGAGGUGAUGGAAGUGGAGUGGCAGGCCCUGAACUCCGAGGACCUCCGGCACUCCUCCCUCAGGAGUCAGGACACUUUUCCUCAGGCUGCUGUGAUCCUGGAAGACUCUGAGCUGGCGGAGUGGGAGGAAAUCCAGCAAGAGCUGAUCUUGCAAGAACAGCUGGUCGUUGAGGAGUACGAGCGAAGACUGUGGUUCGAAGAGGAGUGCCUCAACGCGAUGCUCGACGGCUUGGAUGCGGAGAGCAAGGUGGUCUGCCCCGUUUGCCGAAGGAACAACCUCUGCGUGAGGAACCGCUUGGUGGUGUGUCCGUGCGGCCUGCGCAUCUGCACCCAGGGGAUGACCGAGGAGGAGCUCAGCUCGCGGCUUGAAGACAGCGUGAUGGACCACAGCCAGCAUUGCCAUUGCAGUCCUGAGUUUGCUGUGACAAGUGGGAUGGACGGAGAAGCAACUCUCCUUAUGAGCUGUCAGGUUUGUGAUUCUUGGGCGGUCAUUUUAUAACCUUGACAGCACUGCAGAACUUUCCGAGAAAGUUGAUGCCCUUAUGAGUCUUUUUUUUCCUCUUCUUUGAAACAUCUUAUCUGCAUGUGGGUUUAAUACACACAAUAUAUAUAACUGCAAAAAGUGUCCUUUAUUGAUUAUUUCUUUUUAAUUUAAAUGGAUCUGUGCUAUUUUGUAGCCUGCUUUCUUGAAUAAAAUGCCAUUUUAAUUUGA